UCAGGCUACCAUCUGAUACUUCAUCCACCUCAAGCGGUUGCUUUGGUCUUCCGUUCUUCCUGAAGUCUACCUCACAUCUCUUUCUUAUCUGCAACUUUCAUCAAUUGUCUCUUCGUUACGAUUACUGUCUACCUUGAGAACUUUGUAUUCGAUUUGAAAUGCCGUCACCAAGAAGCUACAACACCUCUUUCCCAAGUGCUGAGGCUCUCUUCUACUCCUGCACAACAUCCUCAACAUCGGCAGAAGACCUCGACAUGCAUUACAUACCUCCCUCAAAAUCAUCGCUCAGAAUCGGCGUCAUAAUACUCAGCCAAGACCAAACCCAAAUGGUCGACUUCGCCGCCCUCGACCUCCUCACCAUGGUCGGCAGAAACAGACUCAACAAACUCAACGCUUCUCCUGCCGCCCUAGAAGACUCUCUCGACGAAAUCGACGUCCGAUACGUCACAGCCAGCGGAGAGGGAUCCUUCCCCGUCUCAUCCGGUGGCCGCAUCCCAGUAACGAAUUCGUUUCAAAAUGCUCCGCAAUUCGACAUCCUCCUCAUCCCAGGCUCCUUCUCCACAACCCCCUUGCCGCCCUCGGCAACCCUCUUCCUCAACUGCCAAUGCGCAAGACCCAAUCUCAUCGCCAUCAUUAGCAUCGUCUCGGGCAUCCUGCACUUGGCGCAGACGGGCAUUUGCAAUGAACGCCGAGCAGCUGCGCCCCGAAGCCUGCUACCAGCGCUUAAGCAGCGUUUCCCCGAGAUCUCAUGGCGCAGUACGCCGUGGGAGCGCCACGACAAGUUAUGGAGUAGUAAUUCCGCCGUGUCUGCGCUCGACAUGAUGAGGACGUUUAUGCGCGAGUAUUUCUGGGAUAGGAGCGCGGCGGUGGAAUGUGCGCUGGAUGCUGUGGGGAUAGGGAAGUUGGAUGAAUGUGAGUGACCAUGUCAAUGGUUUUGCUUUUUGUGUUCAUGGCGUUGAUGGAUGUUCUCUUCUCUGUUCGCUGUAGUAUACCCUCUCCUCCCACGCGGAUCCGGACAAGAGUCUACUGUACCAUAUCUUGAGGCAUAUUUGGCAUGUUGUACCAUAGUUUGGCUGUAGAUGGAGCGUCUGAUUUGGACUGGCUCUCCAGCUGUUGUAUCAUAUUACGAAUUCAUUUCAAAGCAAGUUUGAACACUUC